GAAUACUACAAACCAAUUUUGCGCAUGCGCAUCAAUUGGUCAAUUGAGCCGAUUAAGCUGCAGAUUGCCCUUAAAAUUUGGAAGAGAAACGAGUAAUGGCGACUGAGGGGUCAAGCUCUACACCUGCUAGGCCGUUCACCCACAGUUUUCCACAUCACUGCAAGGCCCUACUGGAGCAGCUAAAUGUACAGCGUUACUAUGGAGCUUUCUGUGAUGUCAUUGUUCGGGUUGAGGAUUUUGAGUUUAAGGUCCAUAAAAAUGUUCUAGCAGCAUUCAGCCCAAAGCUACAAACAAUGUUGUUUGGUAUGCCUGAGGAGUGUGGGAAUGUCUUGAUGAUUAAAGAUAUGUCAGCCAAUGGCUUCAGGUUUAUUGUAGAAUACAUGUAUACUGGUAUAUUAAAGCUUGACAUUAUGAACAUACACGAUGUGCUUGGAUGCACUCAAUUUCUUGACAUGAGAGAGACAGAGAGGAUCUGUGGAGAAUAUUUCAAAAGCGGAGGGAAUGUAAAUGUGGAGACAAUAAAGGCGAUAACGGAGCAGCAGCAAAAUUCUUCAUUUGUGGGUCAAAAACCAGUCGGUUCACUCCCUGGUGGCGUAGAUCCAAAUUAUAUAGAGGACUAUCUUAAGAUUAUUGAAUCGUUUGGAGGGGAAAAUGGAACUCCGGUUAAAAAAGACCCUGGUGAAAGCCACGAAUUUGUUCCACUUAAUGAAGAGAGACCAACGGGGACCACUGUUAAGCUGACAGAAAAUGGUGACAAAAAGUUUUAUAGUCCAGGAGAUAAUUCAGAAAUUGCAAAGAAAAGUUUGUUUAGUAUAUUUGGAUCGAAUGAUAAGCCAUGUCCAGAGAAGCAAGUAGAAGAACAACAAUCAGAUGAACAACAUAAUGAAGAUUUACGUGAUAACAAUGUUGAACAAGACUCUGCUAGCAACUUAGAUUUUCCAAAGGACAAACUCUCAAAGUUCAACAAGAAAUUAAAAAUCAAAAUGAAAGGAGAGAGUGGUGCUACUGUAGAGAACAUUGUUAUUGUGAAUAAUGAAGACUAUGAGACCAUGGAUGGAUCUCCUACCAAGUUAGACAAAAUGCAGAAACGAGAGAGAAAGAAGAAACGCCCAUGUAGGAUUAGAGUUAAAACUGAACUGGCUGAAGGUGAAGCUGAUACGGAAGAGCUUGAUCUUGAUGAGGGAGGAGCCGGUGAUGAUGACAACCUAAGUACAGAGGAACACCCUUCAGUGACUAAGAAAAUAAAACGAGGGCGUCCUAAAGGCAGAACUAGUGGUAAACAUGCAAAGAAGGAUUACUCAUGUGAGAAAUGUGGACGAACAUUCAUGAAAGAAAAGGCAUAUGAAAAACAUAUGGAGCUCCAUGAUAAAGAAGAACUUUAUUCUUGCCACGUUUGUUGUAAGAAAUAUGCCCGUUCUUCAGAAAUCACUCGCCACAUGCGGAUCCAUACUGGGGAGUCUUUUGAAUGUAAAGAAUGUGAUGUCACAUAUACAUCGGUACGUGGCUUCAAAGCGCAUCAAAUUGAAAUCCAUAAGGAUCCAAAGCCAUUUAGAUGUUCAUUUGAAGGAUGUGAUUUUCACUCUGAUAAACCAAGUAAUGUACAUAAGCACACAGUAAUUCACACUGGAGUGAAGUUAUAUACUUGUGAAAGGUGUAAUAAGUCAUUUGCUCAGGCUAAUGGCCUAACCAGUCAUUUAAGGAGUUGUAUGCAGGUUAGGGGCUACCUAUGUGACCAUUGUGGUGCCAAGUUCAACCAUCUUGGAAGUCUCAAAUCUCAUAGAUUAGUCCAUACUGGUGAGAAGCCACACACCUGUUCACAGUGUGGAGCACGUUUCAGUGAUCAUAGGAACUUUAGACGCCACAUGCGAAUCCAUAUGAAUGAAUACCCAUAUGCCUGUGAUUUAUGUGAUAAAAAAUUCCGACAUUCAAACUCUUUAAAAACACAUAUGGUGACUCACUCUUUAAAUCCUACAUCAAAUAAAAGUCACUCACAAUCUCAGUCUCGUAGUCGUGACAUCACAAAGGUGUUGGCAGAUGAGUAUAGUAAGGAUUUAAACACAUCAAAUAACCUUGCCAGAAAUAUGAUUAAAGAUUUUGAUGUGGGAGAGAUUCUAAGAGAUAUGCCCAACAAUCCCCGUGAUAUUAACACACAUCGGGAUAUGCACCAGGACAUAUCUACACAUCGGGAUGUAACUACACAUCGGGACAUAAACACACAUCAGGAUAUGGCUACACAUCGAGAUUUACACCGAGAUAUGAAUACACAUGGGGGUGGGCUUAUAAUGGAUAGUUCCCACUUGAACAUUCCCCUGACUACCCGUAUCCCUGGGCCUACUGGGACCUCACAAAUAAUCACAAACAUGGCUACUCCUAUUGGCUCAAUGACACAGACUCAGCCAAACUCUGCCACCCCUCAAGACAUGACCAUGCGAGAUAUGAUUAACAGCCCAGCAAAUACAUUGGUCCAAAUGGGACAUAGGGACACAAUGACAGACUCUCAGCAUACUAUGCUCCAGAAAUCAGCAGUUUUUGGUAAUAUUCCAGUGUAUCCAGUGACUAACUCCAGUAUGAUGAAAUCUGAGAUGCCUGUGUCUGUUUAUCAAGGGUUUUAUAUUCCCCAGUGAGUUCCAGUGGAACCCUAAAUUUUGUUCAAAUCUGUAAAGGGGCAACAGACAUUAAGUCUAUAUUUUUGGAUAGUUUGAAUAAUAACAAUUAAGUAUUAGUGUCUUG